AACAUGGCGAAUGAAAACAACGAAGAGAGUAACACGAAAGAAAUGGCAACUUUAGCUCUUGAUUCGAACAAACAGAAAGAAUUCGAGGAUAGAGUAAAAAGAAUAAGUGCGACGGCUAACAACUUGACACCUGGUGUUAUCUACCUCGGUCACAUUCCACAUGGCUUCUAUGAAGGUCAAAUACGAAAGUUUUUCUCACAGUUUGGCACGGUGAAUAAAGUCAGAUUAUCAAGAAGUAAGAAGACUGCAAGGUCAAAAGGAUAUGCCUUUGUAGAGUUUUCCUGUGACGAAGUAGCCAAGAUUGCAGCUGAAACUAUGGACAACUACAUGAUGUUUGGGAGAUUACUAAAAUGCAAAGUAGUUUCGAAGGAAAAGGUUCAUCCAAGGCUGUGGAAAGGAUCAGAGAGGAAGUUUUAUUCUAUACCACGGCAGCAAGAAGAAAUAACAAAGCACAAUAAGGAAAAAAGUAAAAAGGAACAUGAAAAGCAAGUGGAAAACAUUCUCAAAAAAGAAAAAAGGAAGAGAAAGAAGAUCAAGGAUCUUGGUAUUGACUAUGACUUUCCUGGAUAUGCUUCAGAAGUAAAGACAAAACUACCAAAACAUACGAAAUUCAGUGACAAGUAAAGACCAAUUGAGAAGUCUGUCUUUUGUUGUGGAACUCCAGCAGAACAGAGAUGGCUAGGACUUCAUCUUUUACACCCCAAUUUCAUUAUUCGUAUUUCCACACUUUUCUCUUUACAUUUUCUAUGGUGAUACAGAGAGAAUUUGUUUGACAAACAGGAGCUUUUUAAAUUGGUGAUCAUUUCCUUUAUUCUUAUAACUGUUACAUUUGAUUCAAGGAAUGUAAUAUAAGGUAAAUGUAGAAGUCAGUCACUUUUCAGGAUCAAAGGGAUAGUAAAUGUGUAUUCACGGGAAACUAAGCACUUAAUAAUUCUUAAAAAUGCUGAGGAUGUCCCAUCCCUGCUGUUAGCAAGGAAUUUGGAAAAUUUUGAUCAUCUUCUACCCAAGUUAAAAAUGCUGUCGUGCAGUUUCACUUUUAUUUCUUUUUUAACGCACGUGGGGUUUUGUUUCUUUUCUUUUUCUUCAUUUUUUUUAUGUUUGAUUAAGUAACCUCGUAUCUCAUUCCAUUGGUAAGGGGUUCAAGCAAAUGGAAAUUUGGUGUAAAUAA